AUGAAGAACAUCGUGACGUGGUUGCUCGGGAUUACUGUAUUACUUUUUGGAGCCAGUCACGCUGGAAUCGCUGAUCGAUCUUGUAGCAGGCGACGAGUUGGAUACAUCACCUCUUGGGGAAAACAUCCUUUCAGAGAUGAUCAAGCUGAAAAACUAACUCAUUUGGUGUUCGCCUUCUUUGUUGUGGGUUCAGAUGGAAGUAUCAAAUUGGAAGGAGAUGCUGCGAAGGAGAGAUUGAAACAUGUCAAAGAGGUAGCUUCUCGUCACCCAAAUCUAAAGUUAUUGUAUGCUGUUGGUGGAUGGGAGAAUUCUCAGUAUUUCUCAGUGCUCACUGCGGAUCACUCAAGGAGAUCAAUUCUAAUCUCGAAUCUUAUCAAAGCCAUCAAAGAAUACGGAUUCGACGGUGUUGACAUUGAUUGGGAGUAUCCUGUGACGGGCGGUGCAGUUGAAGGAACUCCAGCUGACCGUCGAAACUACGUGAAUUUGAUGAGAGAACUCCGGAAUGAACUGAGAGAAUUGGAAGAAGAAACUGGAAAAAGUUAUCUGAUUUCAUUCGCUGGAGCAGCUGGACACUGGGUACUGAAACCAGGAUAUGAUCUACAACAGUUGAUGAAAUAUUGUGAUUUUGUGAAUGUGAUGAGUUAUGAUUACUUCGGAGCAUGGGCUUCCAAGUGGGGAGCUUAUACAGGACCACCUGCUCCACUUAAUUUUGCGAUGCCGAAGAAAUUUUCUGGAAGAAUGAAUGUGCACGCGACGAUGAAGGAUUACAGUUGUCAGAUCAAGACUACUAAUAAGAUCAACAUGGGCGUCCCAUUCUACGGUCGUUUCUGGAAGAACGUUGGUGACGCUGUCGACUCAUCGGAUGACAUGUGGAGAACAGCCACUGCAACCAACACAGAAGGCACGAAAUUCGAAGGAGGAGACGUUCAAUGGAGGGAUCUUCAUGAGAAGUUCGAUGCCACCAGAACGAAAUUCCAUUCUGGUGCAAAAGCUCCAUUCAUCUGGAUUCCAGAGAACAAAACUUUCGUUGGAUACGAGAAUUCAGAGAGUUUGAAACAUAAAGUUGGCUAUAUCGUUGAGAAUAAUAUCGGAGGAGUUAUGAUAUGGGCUAUUGACUUUGAUGAUGACCAGGGUACACUUCUGAAUUCUGCAGCUUCUGAUUCUCUGUGUGCCACGUCAUCUAAAUCUUUCAAUUACAAAUGUUCACCAGUGGAUGAUAAGAGAUGGUGGACAUACGAUGAUAAUGAAGAGUUGGCAGGAAUGUGUGGAAAGUCUGCUCCAUUGAUAGAGGGAUAUUAUCCAGUUUGUGAUCCAGAUGAUCCAGGUCACGCGUGUUGUGGAAAGUACGGUUACUGUGGCUCUGGGGCCGAGUUCUGCUCUUGUCCUGAAUGCAUCGACUACGGUACUGACCCCAAUUUGAUACUCAAAGAACCAGUGAAACCAUCUCAAAAAAUCACUUGGUACACAUCUGAUGCAGGAGAAGGAAAACGUGGAAGAUGUGGACGAGAUGUUCCACCAAUGGAAGGAGAGGCUCCGACGUGUAAUCCAGAUGAUGCGAAUGCUCACUGUUGUAGUAACGGAGGAUACUGUGGAAACUCGAAAGAGCACUGUGAAUGUGUUGGUUGUAUCGACUUUUCGAAGCAGAGAGAUUUCAAGUACAAACCAUUGGAGUGGUGGACAUUCUCAGAGAAUCCGGCAAACGUUGGUCGAUGCGGGUACGAUGCUCCACGUUUAUCCACUGGAAAAAUUCCGAAAUGCGAUCCGGAUUCUGAAUCAUUCUGCUGUAGUAAUAGUGGUUACUGUGGAAAAGGAGAACAGUACUGUUCAUGUUUGGGAUGUGUUGAUUUCAAGGCUAAUCCUGCUUAUGAAUAUUGA